AUGACUAAAUUUACGGUAUUGCCACUCUCUGUUCUUCUCCUUCUCUUGUUCCUCUCUACUGAAUCGUUGGCUAAGUCGGAUGAAUCGGACGAAAACGACGUCGUAGCGCCGUCGUGUUGCGGGUUUUCGUCGCCUCUGCUGAUUAAGAAAGAUCAAUGGAAACCAAUCUUUACGACGAAGUUGGGACACAUCUCAACCGUUCAAAUCGGAGAUGGAUGUGGAGGAAUGGGGCCUUACAAGAUACAUUCCAUAACGUUGGAACCAAACACACUUUUGCUCCCUCUUCUUCUUCAUUCCGACAUGGUCUUCUUCGUUGACUCUGGAAGUGGGAUACUGAAUUGGGUGGAUGAGGAAGCGACGAGUUCUCAGAUAAAACGAGGGGAUGUGUACAGGCUACGUCCCGGUUCGGUUUUCUAUUUACAGAGCAAACCGGUGGAUAUCUAUCUUGGAACCAAACUUAGGCUUUACGCAAUCUUCUCCAACACCGAGGAAUGUUUACAUGAUCCUUGCUUUGGUGCGUAUUCGAGUAUCACAGAUCUCUUGUUUGGUUUUGAUGAGACCAUUCUCCAGUCAGCUUUUGGGGUUCCUGAGGAGAUUAUAGGGCUGCUGAGGAACCGAACGAACCCGCCAUUGAUCGUGCCAGAUAUGAGCACACCAAAUGAGGUCAACGCCAACAUGUGGCAGCUCCAACCGCGGUUACUCAAAUUCUUUGCUGGAGAUGUAAGCGCAGGCUCGGAAGCAAAGACAUUCAAUGUCUUCGAAUCCGAACCAGAUUUUGAGAGCCUUAACGGUCGUACUAUAACAAUUAAUAGGAAAGAUUUGAAAGUGUUAAAAGGCUCAAUGGUUGGAGUUUCCAUGGUAAAUCUAACUCAAGGAUCGAUGAUGGGACCCCAUUGGAACCCAUGGGCUUGCGAGAUUUCGAUUGUGUUGAAAGGAUCAGGAAUGGUUCGUGUGCUUAGGAAUUCGAUUUCGAGGUCAUCUAAUUCCGAGUGUAAGAACUCGAGGUUUAACGUAGAGGAAGGAGAUAUAUUUGCGGUUCCACGGCUUCAUCCAAUGGCUCAAAUGUCUUUCAUCAAUGACUCGUUAAUCUUCGUUGGGUUUACUACUUCACUUAAGAAUAACGAGCCACAGUUUUUAGCGGGAAAGAGCUCGGCUUUACGUUCGCUUGACCGGGAGGUGUUGGCUGCUUCGCUUAAUGUGAGUAGUGUGAUGAUUGAUGGAUUGUUGGGAGCUCAGAAAGAAGCGGUUGUGAGAGUUGGAGAGGCUUGA